UCCGGACAGUGGCAAACGGUUUAAUCCGGUGGUCGCCCCCGUUGAAAAAUCUGGAGAACCGACAGCUCAGCAAAUUGGCGGCCCAUGAUUGGGUAGACACGUUGGAAGUAAAAGAGAAAUUUUUUCGCAAAUGCUGCAGAAGAGCAGUAGUAGAAGUAGGUGUGUGAGAACUGUGAAAUGUGAGGAAGGAAAAGUAGUGGCAACCGAAAAAAGAAUGAUUUCUGCGUGACCACAAGUACGUACGCUUGUUUUAGCGGGGUUUCAGUCCGCCAUGGAAAAAUAUCGGUAUUGGGAUGUUUUCGGAUAGAGGCAGGAACAGGUGGAUCUGCUGAAUUUUGGCUGCAUUUUCAUUGUUUUGUUGUUUGUUUUGGCUGAGGGAAUUAAAUGCAGGAAGUGGAGGGGUGCUGCCCUCAGCAGGGGGUCAUAUCGUCGUCGUCUCCAUGUGACCUUGAUGAGUACAGCGGUGACGAGGAGCUCUCUGUGCUGCCCAGACAUACGAAGGUUGUUGUGACGGGAAAUAACAGGACAAAGUCUGUUCUAGUUGGACUUCAUGGCGUUGUUAAGAAGGCUGUCGGCCUCGGCGGAUGGCAUUGGCUGGUACUUACCAAUGGCAUAGAAGUGAAGUUGCAAAGGAAUGCUCUCAGUGUUAUUGAAGGACCAACUGGGCAUGAGGAAGAUGACAGAAACGAGGGUCAAAAUUUUCUGUCUAGUAGCUCAGAAUUAGCAGCUUGUGAUGAUUUUCAAAAGCCCCACAAGACAAAACAGAGGCCACACAAGACAGUUGCUUCUGUCUCCAAAGGUCCCAGCAAAAAUCAGACUAGUGAAGUGCAAUCUGCUGGGUUGAGGCAACUAUCCCAUGGAAUGCUGAAAGUGGACUUGAGCAAAUUGGAAACAACAGCAUUAUGGAGAUACUGUUGGCACUUUAAUCUUGUUGAUGAAAUUCCAGUCGAUGAAAAUUCAAACCCAUCUAAGGAGAAGUUGAUUGACAUUGUUCAAAAGCACUUCAUGGCGCAGGACUUUCAACCUGCAAAAUAGUUCUUGAAGAAAUGUAGAUCAUGAUCACUCCACAUGCUACUGCAUUAAUGAUCACCAGUCAAUUUAUUGGGAGCAGUGUUACAGCUUUUUUGGGAGUUCUCAAAAUUUCACUCUUCAUUUUUCAAGGGUUCAUAGUAAUGGAUGGAAGUACCAUUUUUAAAGUGGAGGAAAUAAUAGUAGCCAUGGUGUUCAAAUUAUUUAAAAAAGAAACAAUGGGGACUAUAUGCUGUUUCCUUGAUGAUAAAUGUCAUCCUUUGGAAGCUGCCUGCCUCUGCACAACAUAAAAGGUUACCGGUGUUGUGUAAUUUGCCAGUGGUACUCAGUUAGCUGGCUUUCUGUCACGCAUGCCCUUUACAUGCUUGUGGCAUUUCUAUGCCAGGGGCAUUUCUAUGCCAGAUAUUCUGAACCUGGCUUUCUAAAAGCUUUUUGGUCAAAGUUUACAGAUGAUAAAUCUGUAUUUUGCAUGACUAGAGCAAAAAGUUCAAUUGGUUCGCUUUAAUAGAAAAAGCUUAUCAAUGAUUUUAUACUUUUACGCUUUAGCCAAGGCAUUGAACGGACAUUUAUUUUUAUCAAUUCCAUUUGUAGUGUAUAAAGCUAAAUCAGUGGCCUAUUAAUGAGGCCGGAAUUUUGACUCUAAUCUUUUGAACUUUCUUUUUCAAUCAUACAAAAACAAUGGAAGGCAAGUUGGCAAU